AUGCAACCACCGACAUCCACAGCUGAUGUCUUUGGCACACAAUCCCCAGGUUGGUGGACAGAUUCUUCAUUGUUGACUGCAUCUAUGCCCGCUCCCACAGGAGCUACUGGUGCAAUUGAAAACACGCAGCGAGCCGGCUACUGGACGGCGUCAAAGCAAGAGACAGCUCGCUCACAGCCAUGUGGACAAGGUACAGUCCAGACGGCAGACAUGCCUUCAUCACCGCCUUGGAUCUCUCCUGCGGGUCAGCCGGUGCCAGAGCAAGCUGAUAUGUCCUCUUCGCCGCCAAGACCACCUCUUGAGCGUCGUCCAACUUGCCGAGUGGUAGAACUAAUGCUAGCACCGAGGCGUGCGCAAGCCACACAGGCAGCAAUAGAUCCCACUCCUGUACCCACUCCUGCACCUACUCCUAGCCUUGCUUCGUCAUUGUCUUCGGUGGAUAGUCGUGUGGCCGACUCAACAUUCAGGCCGCCAGUGCUACGUGGGCGUAGAGUUGCUUCUGCCGUGACUCCCGAGCUAGCGCAAGCCGACCCGGCAGCUAGAUGGACUACAUUGGACGACGUCAGACAUUCAUGGUCCACCAUAAAGGACAAAAACUUGCGCAUCCCAGCACCUUGCAUACACUCAAUGAAUGCUCUCACUGUCGAGACACGUCGUGCACUAGAACUGAAGAUCUCAAUCACCCAGAGAAAUUUAUGCUACCCGGAGGCCGACUUUACAGACGGUAUUGAGGCAGACUUGCUUCCACCCAGGCCAGAGCCUCUGACACGCCAUGAGGGGAUGCUCAUUGUACGCGCAGCUCCCAUCAUCCCCAUCUUUAGCUUGGCAAAUGGCGGACAGCGUGUAUACAAGGGUCACAGCGUCAUUCUGCAGCAACCUUAUGACCAUAUUGCCCGUGUCUUGCCGCGUCGGCCUGAAGACGUAGAAAUUCUCUUUGUAAGACGCGACGGCGCAAGGCAAGAUCUCAACUUGACUGUCUCAAAGGGCGUCAUGCUUGACUGGCUUCGUUACCUCAAGGAACACAACCCAUACUAUGCCGAUAUUGAGAUCGAUCUUGAUUGUGUGGAUGAAGACGUUGGCACACGCCUUCAGCAGAAUCCAGAUGAUAUUCCUGCAUCGUGGCCAGCCAGUAUCGCAUCUAUUGCAUCAAAUCUCACAACGCCUGGUACUCCUGUCUAUGAGGCGCCAGAGGCCGAGGCACAUGACAUCUUUGAGCUUCCAACAAGGCUCUGGGUCGAUGGUCGCGAUGCUAUGUCGGAGUCUGAGCGUCAGGCUGCCAUACUGGCGAGGCUACAGUUGGGAAACGAUGUGAUCAAUAUGCCAGCCCGCGGUACAGGCACCGUGCUGGAUGCUCAGACACCUGGUCUACUCUCGUGCUUUCCACAGCUCUUCCCUCUUGGCACAUUUGAAUUCUUUAUCCAUGGGUCCAGACCUCGGCCAUUCACACUCUCAAUCUUUGGGAAGAGGACUAUGCAAAUGGGCGAUGGCCGCUUCGUCAGGCAUCCCUGCUUUCCAUUUCUUUGGCAGAAUGUGCUGGACAAGAAUCGCGUCCGCGUCAGCUCCAGUGCAGGCCACGCAUUCAACCCUCAAAUCACAGAUAUGAGGCAGGAGCGGCGCUCCGAGCUACACAAGGACUUCACCAGAAUGACAGCUGGAGAAUCUGUCAGAGUCUUGGCGCAAAGACUCCCGCAGAACAGAAUGUGCUGA